AGGAUCUGUAGGCUCAUGGACAACCAAUCCAGCAUCUCAGAGUUUUACCUGCGAGGAAUAUCAGGGUUUCCAGAGCAACGGUGGCUACUCUAUGGGAUGUUCCUGUGUAUGUAUCUUGUCACCUUGACUGGGAAUGUGCUCAUCAUCCUGGCCAUUGGCUCUGACCCACACCUCCACACUCCUAUGUACUUCUUUUUGGCCAACCUGUCCUUUGCUGACAUGGGUUUAAUAUCAUCUACAGUGACCAAGAUGCUGUUUAAUGCUCAGACUCAGCGCCAUACCAUCUCCUAUACUGGUUGUCUCAUCCAGAUGUAUUUCUUCCUGAUGUUUGGUGAUCUGGACAGUUUCUUCCUGGCUGUGAUGGCCUAUGACCGCUAUGUGGCCAUCUGUCGCCCUCUCCACUAUUCCACAACCAUGGAUACCCAGUUCUGUGCCCUGAUGCUUGCCCUGUGCUGGGUCCUCACCAAUGUAGUUGCUCUGACUCACACUCUCCUCAUGGCUCGACUGUCCUUCUGUGUUGUUGGGGAAAUAGCUCACUUUUUCUGUGACCUUAUUCCUGUUCUGAAGCUAUCAUGCUCUGACACAUAUGUCAAUGAGCUAAUGAUUUCUGUCUUAGGAGGCACAGUACUCAUGGUCCCCUUUCUAUGCAUUGUCAUCUCCUAUGUCCAUAUUGUAUUUGCCAUCCUGAGGGUUAGAACCCCUGGUGGGGGUACAAAGGCCUUUUCUACCUGUAGUUCCCACCUCUGUGUGGUCUGUUUUUUCUAUGGGACAUUGUUCAGUGCCUACUUGUGCCCACCUUCUAUAGUCUCAGUAGAAAAGGACAUUGUAGCUGCUGCAAUGUAUACAGUAGUGACUCCCAUGUUGAACCCCUUCAUCUAUAGCCUAAGAAACAAGGACAUGAAAGGGGCUCUAAGGAAGCUCCUCUGUCAGAGGCAAAUUUUCUCUUCCUAA